ACAGGCGUGCGAGCUCAUUUCCUCCUGCAGCCCGGUGUGUGAGGAUGCGCGGUGAGACCGGGGACCGGAGCUGCGGGGCGGUGCUGAGCGGAGCGGUGAGACCGGGGAGGCAGCAGCAGCAGCUCCGGACGGGGUUAAAGCAGAGCAGCUGAGGGAAGCGGAGGACACAAUUCAAGGAGUUGCUUUGUUCUCUGAAGAACGAAACCGUUACAUACCGGUGUGUGUGUGUGUGUGUGUGUGUGUGUGUGUGUGUGUGUGUGUGUGUGAGAGAGCGUGGACAUGGAUAACACAGAGAAGGGGAAUAAAUCUGAUGACGAUCUGGAGUCUCCAGAGGACGAAGAAGUUGAUCCAAGGAUUCAGGGAGAGCUGGAGAAACUGAAUCAAUCGACAGACGACAUUAACCGAUGGGAGACAGAGCUGGAGGACUCCAGGCAGAGGUUUCGCGCUGUCCUGGUGGAGGCCACGGUAAAGCUAGAUGAACAGGUCAAGAAGAUCGGCAAACCCGUGGAGGAGUCCAAGCCGUACUGGGAGGCCCGGAGAGUUGCUCGACAGGCUCAGGUGGAAGCUCAGAGGGCCACACAGGAGUUCCAGCGAGCUAUAGAGAUCCUGCGAGCGGCGAAAGAAACCAUCGCUCUGGCUGAGGAGAGACUCCUGGAGGAGGACAGUCGGCAGUUUGACUCGGCCUGGCAGGAGAUGCUCAACCACGCCACCCAGAGGGUGAUGGAGGCGGAGCAGAGCAGGACGCACAGCGAACUGGAGCACAGAGAGACGGCGGCUAAAUACAACGCAGCCAUCAGCCACAUGAGACAACUGGAGAAGAAACUCAAACGGACCAUCAACAAGUCACGGCCAUAUUUUGAAUUGAAGUCCAAAUAUUAUCUACAACUCGAGCAACUGAAGAGGAAAGUGGACGAGUGCCAGGCUAAACUGUCCCAGGCCAAAGCGGAGUACAGGACGGCCUUGCGCAACCUGGAGACCAUCUCGGACGAGAUCCACGCUCGCAGACGUCUCGCAGCCAUCGGGCCCCGCAGCUGUGGAGUUGGGGCCGAGAAAGACGUAAGCGCUGCUGAUGACAUCAGCAACUUCAAAAUGGAGUCAGACGGCAUAUCCAUGAUAUCCGAGACCUUUGAAGAGGAAACGUGUAAUGGUUCUGCCUCAGAUGAAGAUCCAGAAACCCAGUCCACCUGCAUCAUGAGCUCCAACUCGGCCCCUGUGGAUGUUCCCUGUCUAUUUGUCCCCUCCUGCUCAUCUCCAUACCCUCUCUCGUCUUCCUGUCCUUUCUCGUCCUGCUCCUCUCUUCCCUCGUUCUCUCCCUGCCCUAAAGGUAUGGAGCUGCCCAGCCCGGGCUCCCUGGAGGGCUUCGACCGUGUCUCGCCUGUUCUGGGACCUCGCAGUGAGUGCAGCGGUGCUUCAUCACCCGAGUGUGAGCAGGAACGAGGGGAAAGAGCAGAAGGUGCUGAGAAAAAACCAGAAAACACUACACGGGCUAACGGUCGGAAGAGCACUACUUUGGAUGAGGCUGUGAGACGUCUGUCUCUGCAGCACACAGAAAAGAGCGAGACGGACACGGAGGCGUUUAGUGCUGCUGCCCCUCUGCUGCUUCUCAACUCUGUUUAAACUGAAGGAAGGACCUGAUCGGAUCUGUUCAAGCUCCUGAGUUGUUGUGCAAACGCAUCAUGUGUCAAAGGAUCCUUUGUGUCCAGCCCUCCCACCUUCUUACAGACUGACAGAGACUCAGUUCUCACUGAGGAAGAGAAGGGGAACGGUUUAAACAAGGAAGCCCAAGACAGAUGAAUAAACGUGUAUGCAAACAUUCGCAUAGAAGUGUUCUGGCAUCCUUGGUCACAAAACAAAUGGCCACGUCUUCCUGAUCUGUGCAUCACGUUGCCAGACUGACUGUGUUACUCCUGUGUGUUGACCGUCGCAGUGUUAGUGUGUAUAAUGUGUGUCGGCUGUGUUGAAUAGUAGUAUGUACUUUUCUCUGCAGCUAUACUCUCUCUAUAUUUAAUCCUACAUGUUAGUACAGAACUACAACCUAAAGUAGCAAAGAAAUUUAUAUUUAUAUUCAGUCGUCUUGUUACCUUUGACCAAUGUGUUGGUGUGGCACAGUAAUGUAUAACUACGUAAUAAACAUAAGCUCAUGGCAUACACCAUGCUAAGUGUUCAGCAUCUCCAAACACACACACACACACUGCAACUACUGAUGGUUUUUAAUUAAAAUCACCCAUGUCUAAUA